AGGCGGCAGUGAUGCAACAUUACGGAUCCGAGCUGCCGUUGAAGACACCGUAGAAGAAGAAGCAGCAGAAGAAAAAGAAGCAGCAGAAGAAAAAGAAGAAGACGCCGUAGAAGCCGAAGAAGAAGAGUGCUGUCCUGAUUUGAUAAGAACACCUGAGUCUUGAACGGAAUAAGAAUCCACUUAUCCCCUCCCCGACCUCCUGUUCCUUACCCUCUCUGAAACACAUCUCCCACCAUGAAUGAAGUUAAUAUAAUCAGAGAGGGAUGGCUUCACAAAAGAGGUGAAUAUAUCAAAACAUGGAGGCCCAGGUACUUCAUCCUAAAAAAUGACGGUUCCUUCAUUGGCCACAAAGAGAAGCCUGAUCUUAACGACCAGACUUCACCACCCCUCAACAACUUCUCAGUUGCAGAGUGUCAGUUAAUGAAGACUGAAAGACCCCGGCCUAACACAUUUGUAAUCCGUUGCCUACAGUGGACCACUGUCAUUGAACGCACCUUUCACGUGGACAGUAAUGAGGAGAGAGAGGAGUGGAUGCGUGCAAUCCAGUCGGUAGCAAAUAGUCUCAAGAUGCGAGAACAGGAGGAGGAGGAACCGAUGGAUCUGUUCGGCUCUCCCAGUGAAUGCAGCCUGGAGGAUAUGGAGAUGUCUCUGACCAAGAAUGGCUCCAAAGUGACGAUGAGUGAUUUUGAGUACCUGAAGCUUCUUGGAAAGGGGACGUUUGGGAAGGUGAUUCUGGUGAAAGAGAAGUCUACCGGUGUACAUUAUGCCAUGAAAAUACUGCGCAAAGAGGUCAUCAUUGCCAAGGAUGAAGUGGCACAUACAGUUACAGAAAGCAGGGUGUUACAAAACACACGACACCCCUUCCUCACGACACUGAAGUAUGCCUUCCAAACUCACGAUCGACUUUGUUUUGUUAUGGAAUAUGCCAACGGAGGAGAGCUCUUCUUCCACCUGUCCCGGGAGAGAGUGUUCACAGAAGACCGGGCGCGCUUCUACGGUGCUGAGAUUGUGUCGGCACUCGAGUACCUCCAUUCACGUGAUGUUGUUUAUCGUGAUCUAAAGCUGGAGAAUCUGAUGCUGGAUAAAGACGGCCAUGUAAAAAUCACUGAUUUUGGCCUUUGUAAGGAGGGCAUUACCCCUGAUGCUACCAUGAAAACCUUCUGUGGUACUCCUGAAUAUCUGGCUCCUGAGGUCCUAGAAGACAACGACUAUGGCCGGGCGGUGGACUGGUGGGGACUGGGUGUAGUCAUGUAUGAGAUGAUGUGUGGCCGCCUGCCUUUCUACAACCAGGACCAUGAGCGUCUGUUUGAGCUCAUCCUCAUGGAGGAGAUCCGUUUCCCCAGGAAUCUGUCUCCAGAGGCCAAGGCCCUUUUGGCCGGCUUGCUGAAGAAGGAUCCCAAACAGAGGUUGGGUGGAGGUCCAAAUGAUGCCAAAGAAGUAAUGAGCCACAAGUUUUUCAUUACCAUGGACUGGCAGGAUGUGGUACAGAGAAAGCUCACACCACUCUUCAGACCGCAGGUGACGUCCGAGACAGACACGCGGUACUUUGAUGACGAGUUCACAGCACAGACCAUCACGCUCACCCCCCCGGACAAGUAUCACAGCUUGGACUGCGAGGAACCUGGCGUACAAGCACAUUUCCCCCAGUUCUCGUACUCUGCUAGCAUCAGAGAGUGAUAGCAUCUCAGACACACACACACAAACACAUGCAUACACACAAACAGACACACCAUGAGGCUUAAACAAGUUAAAUGACCAGAACCUCCAUCUUCACUGAGUUUUAACUCGUCAGGAUCUAAGUGCCUCGGCUGCAGCCAUAUUGUUCUAUAAUAAAUCUCGUUGUCCACAUGGACAGAUGCCUGGUCACACUGGCUGUUCUUCAUCAAACUGGACUUCAGUACCUCACAGUCAUCAGCGCAAUCACUCUCCUUUUUAUAGUCUUUAUGGAAGCCAUACAGUAUCUUCAUGAUGUUUCAAGUGCUCUUCUUUAGAACCAGCUUUGACGGCUGGUGAUAGACAGGUUCGUAUACGAUGGAGGAAGAUGUGGCAGUUUGUAAUUUUCUUUUUUUUUAGGUGAGUGUGUGUGCGUAUCUUUUUUUUCUUUGUUUAUCCUUUUCAUGUUUCAGAAAAAGGGGGGCCUCAAAAUCAAAUUGAAUAACAUCAGUUUCGUGAAAUUUUGUUAGUGUAUGAGGCUUUAAUGUGACUUCAUACACUGAUUACCCGAUCUGCAUCAGAACAACAAAUUGAUCAUUUUAUUUAUAUGAUCAAAGUGUCUCUGGGUGGAUAAAAGCUCUGAGUGUUGGAGACAGGCUUUCCUUUGUGGCUGUAUGCAAUGAAACACAUCACCUGCUUAUAAGUUGGCUCUUAUCUUUUAAUAUGAUCUUUGUUAAUAGAUCAUGUGACAUCAAUUGGUGGGAAUUGAGAAUACCUUAAUGCAAAUCGUGUAUGUUAUGUUUUUAAUCAAGUUUUGUUUUAUGAAUAACACAUUUGUCAGACAAGUUUUUUCUGAUAAGCAAAACACAAACCAUGCAGGGGAUUUAAGGGAUUUGAUGAGCACUUCAGUGAUUUAAACAGACCUAAUCUUUUUAAUGUUUCUUCAAUUAACCACUCAUCUAGCUGAGAGCUUCCUGGAUCCGGUUAGUGCUUGGAAAUAUGUCGUUCUAUAAAGUAACAAAAACGACUUUAUUCAAAAUUCAUAAUCCUAUUGACUUCUGUGAUUAUAAAUGUAUGAUUGUAUAAUAGAUUUAUUCUAUUUAGAUUGACACAGUUCUUGCAAGGCUGCAUUCAGACAAAAGUAAACAUUGGAAGGCUUUUAUUUUGGUUUAAUGAGGGAAAAAAUGGAAAACCCUACAAAGUAAAGUAUUAAAAUGCAUUGUAUCUGUUCUAUAAAUGUUGAAAUGUUUUUGUAAAGAAAAAAAACACCAAACAAAUGCAUAGCUCUGUGACCACAUUACAUGUGACAUUUUUUUAACAUUCAAAGUCACAUCUGUAAUAUUUCUAAUUUAUUAUUACAUCUUGUGUUUUUUAGCCUUUCUAUAAAAGUAGUAUUUCCUUUAAAUAAAGCUCCACAAUUUUGUACGUUAAUAUUCUUGGCAAUUAACAAGUUUCAUAACAGGCUGACAAUUCCUACGAUUUAAUGUGCUCCUAGUUAUUGUUUCCGUCAUCUUUACUGACAUGUUUUUAUGCUGAAAAGGUUCCCAUAUAUCCACACAGCUGUGCUCAGGCUGGACUGAGCUUUAUGAUUUGGUUAUGUCUUAUCUGAAAAGUUAAGUCCCUAUCCAACGAGCUGAGUAUAUCAUUAACAUGGUCCUAAGAAAGAUUUUGUGUUUGAGUGCAAUAGUGACUUGAAAGUGUGUAUAUUUUCAAUUCUUCUGAUCUAUAUUUAAUAUCUGCACAUUAAAUGAUAAUAACAUAUACUGUACUUGAACAUUGGCACCCAAAAAUGUAUCUGUGCCACGAUGUGGAGUCACAAGUUAGAUAAUUAAUGAAGAGCUUUCCCAUUGCUCGUAGAGCUUUAUCACCUGUGCUGUUCUGAAACUAUUUCACUUCUAUUUGUUUCUGUCUUAUUUUUACUGGUUUUACACCCUUCAUCUUUCCUAUACCCUGAACCUUCUUCACCUCAAACUAGGAAAAUUCAUAAUGAAAGAAAUGUAUGUGUUUUCAGUUACAUAUUCAAAGAAUUUAUUUCUAUGAAUGUUGUUUUUAAAAGCCAGUUAAAUACACAUUUUUAACUGUUGUAA